AUGGCCUCCAUAACAUUUUCCGGCACCGGACGGCAUGUGUUGCCACCGGUGAUGAUGGUCUCAUCAAAUAACUCCGGUAACAAGGUGGAUGGGGUUUCUAUUAGAAAGGGUAAUAGAGAUAGUGUUGUCACAAAUGUUGCAACAACUCAUCGCGAUCAUCUUCAAGUCGCAACGAUUGAUCAGAAAAAACAACUAGUUGUGCCUGCUGACUGGGAAAACCAUGUUGCAUGGAAAAGUAUUCCCCAAGAGAGAUGGGAAGGAGAGCUUGACGUCCAAGGCCAAAUUCCAUUGUGGCUGAAUGGGACGUACCUAAGAAAUGGACCUGGACAAUGGAACAUCGGUGACUACAACUUCCGCCACCUCUUCGACGGCUACGCCACCUUAAUCAAACUCCACUUUUCAAACGGUCAACUAAUCGCCGGCCACCGCCAAAUCGAAUCCGACGCCUACACAGCUGCCAAGAACAAGCAAAAACUAUGUUACCGUGAAUUCUCCGAAGUCCCUAAAGCAGAAAAUUUCCUAGCCUACAUUGGUGAACUAGGCAAUCUCUUCUCCGGUGCAUCCCUUACCGAUAACGCCAACACCGGCGUAGUCAAGCUCGGUGACGGACGCGUCGUUUGCUUGACCGAGACACAGAAAGGGUCAAUUAUCAUUGACCCUGAAACAUUGGACACAAUUGGGAAAUUUGAGUACAGUGACAAUUUAGGUGGUUUGAUACAUUCUGCACAUCCAAUUGUGACCGAUGAGCAGUUUUUAACAUUGUUGCCUGAUUUGAUCAAUCCGGGUUAUUUGGUGGUUAGGAUGGAUCCGGGUAGUAAUGAGAGAAGGGUUAUAGGCCGGGUGGAUUGUCGGGGUGGGCCAGCACCUGGUUGGGUCCAUUCGUUCCCGGUUACGGAGCAUUAUGUGAUUGUGCCUGAAAUGCCAUUGAGGUAUUGUGCACAAAAUUUGCUCAAAGCUGAGCCUACACCUUUGUACAAGUUUCGGUGGUAUCCGGAGUCUAAAGGGUUUGCUCAUGUCAUGUGCAAGGCCAGUGGAAAAAUUGUGGCAAGUGUGGAAGUGCCAUUGUUUGUGACAUUCCAUUUCAUCAACGCUUAUGAGGAGGAAGAUGAAGAUGGGAGAGUGACUGCUUUGAUUGCUGAUUGUUGUGAACAUAAUGCGGAUGCAACAAUUUUGGACAAGCUUCGUCUGCAGAAUCUCCGGUCGUUCGCCGGAGAAGAUGUGUUGCCAGAUGCUAGGGUUGGGAGGUUUAUAAUACCACUAGAUGGGAGUCCACAUGGAAAGUUGGAGGCAGCAUUGGAUCCUGAUGAACAUGGGAGAGGUAUGGACAUGUGCAGCAUUAACCCUGCAAAUUUGGGGAAGAAGUACAGAUAUGCUUAUGCAUGUGGAGCUCAACGUCCUUGUAACUUUCCCAACACCCUCGCUAAGAUUGAUUUAGUGGAGAAAAACGCCAAGAAUUGGUAUCAGAAAGAUGCUGUCCCUUCCGAACCAUUCUUCGUGGCUCGGCCUGGUGCAACUGAGGAGGACGACGGGGUGGUAAUAUCCAUAAUCAGUGAAAAAAAUGGAGGUGCAUACGCCUUGUUACUGGAUGGAUCAACGUUUGAAGAGAUUGCAAGGGCCAAGUUUCCUUAUGGUGUACCCUAUGGACUCCAUGGAUGCUGGGUUCCAAAGAAAUAAUACUAUUCAACAGUCUUACACAUCCCAAUGUCAUAUGUAUAGCAGUCUUACAGAUCCCAAUGUCAGAUGUAUUGCGCGUCGAUGGUACGAGUAAGCAGUCAGAAUUAUUAUGUAUGGUGGAUGGUGGUGGUAGUAAUAGUACAGUUGUACUUACAACUGCGGUGUGGUGUCCCUAAAGCCCUAGACUCAUUAUACUGUACUGUUUUAUAGAAGAGGUUGCUCUCCUCUAUUAUUGAA